UCGCGCUGCGGGGGGUGAUGCGCUUCCUCCGCCAGUGACCGGGCGCCGACGCCUCUGCUCUCCGCAGUCCCCACCAUGAGCCACGCUGUGCCUCCUCCCGUUUUCCUGUCGGCCGAAGAAGUGGAGAAGCAUUUCCCCGCCACCAGCCGGCUCAUCCCCGCUCUGGCCACGGCCCUGGCCAACUUCUCCCGCGGCGCCGAGGGAGGCGUCGUGCAGCCGGUGCGCACCGUGGUGCCGAUCCAGAAGUACAGCGGCUUUUUAGGGAUCAUGCCUGCCUACAGCGCCAAAGAUGACGCUUUGACAACCAAGCUGGUGACCUUUUAUGAGCACACGGCGGAUCCUGCAGUUCCUUCCCAUCAAGCAACAGUGCUCCUGUUUGAGCCAAGCAACGGCACUCUCAAAGCUGUCAUGGAUGGUAGCGUCAUAACAGCCAAGCGGACGGCGGCUGUUUCUGCGAUAGCCACCAAGUUCUUAAUGCCGGAGGAUUCUGAAGUGCUGUGUAUCCUAGGAGCUGGUGCUCAAGCCUACAGCCACUACGAGAUUUUCACAGAGAUGUUCUCGUUUAAGGAGGUGAAGAUCUGGAAUCGGACCAAGGAGAAGGCAGAGAAGUUUGCUCGCUCAGUUCAUGGGCCGGUCCAAGUCUGCUCUUCUGCUCAGGAGGCUGUCACUGGGGCGGACGUGAUUGUAACAGUCACAAUGGCAACAAAGCCAAUUUUGCAUGGAGAAUGGGUGAAGCCCGGGGCCCAUAUCAACGCCGUUGGAGCAAGCAGGCCUGACUGGCGGGAGCUGGACGAUGAUGCGAUGAGGAACUCUGUGUUGUACGUCGAUUCGAGAGACGCUGCUAUCCGUGAAUCGGGAGAUGUCAUUUUAUCGGGGGCAAAGAUUUAUGCAGAGCUAGGUGAGGUGGUGCUGGGAACAAAACCAGCUUUGCGUGAGGAAACCACUGUGUUCAAGUCCCUGGGAAUGGCGAUUGAAGACACAGUCCCGGCGAAAAUGAUAUUUGAUUCCUGGUCGGCUGGCAGCUAAAAUGAAGAUCUUCCAAUAAUCCAAGCACCAAAACAAUAUUGUGAAUGAAGUAGCAUUUAGGGUUGUAUUCCCACUUAUAGCAGGAGCUGUUUUUAAAAAAAUAAAAACGAUAACAUUACA